AUGGCUUCCCUGCAGCAUUACCAACACCAGAAGCGGCCAAGCAUCUCAAACUGGUUCUCGUCGCUACGCCGACAGCCAAAGAACAAGAAGGCCGGUGUAUUGCAAGACGGUGGCAAGCAUUUCCAGCGCAGUUGCAUCGACCUCAGUGGCAAGAGCACCUUCUAUGUGUCGCCAGCUGAGCUGCCGGGGCUGGGAGGCGUUGGCGGCACUAAUAAGAAGGGGCAGUGCUACCUGCCCAGCGCUGCAGCAUCUAUCGAUAAUCUGCAGGAUGAUGAAGAUGGCACCAGCGACGAUAAACGCGGACUGGUUAGCGGGAAACGUGUUUCGCAGCUGUGCUCGCGUUGCUGCUGUAGUAGCAAAUAUGCCGUGCCAUCACGCCCUGCAACGCCGCAAAUGCGGAAGCGCGCCGACACAACGCCAGCAAAAGUGACCAAGCCAAUGGCAACAGCGACAACACCAAUACAAAAAUCACCGCUUUCACCUACCCGCACGCCCUAUACCAGCGUAGCGACUUACACCAUACCCGCGCUAACAGACAACCCCAUCUAUGAGGGCAUCUCGCACUCAACGACCUCAACGACGACGACGACGACGCCCAUUACGCUAAACAGUCAACGCACUGUGGAGAAGGAAGUGAGCCGAAAUGUGCAGGUGACGCGCCUGCCUAGCGAUGAGCCGAAUACGCUGCUGCUAACGAAACGUUCAGAGUUCAAACGCUCGGUGACCACCACAACGCAGCACACUAUGGUGAUUACGCGUCCAGUUGAGCUGGUGUUGAACGAACGCGGUGAGGUGGUGGCGCGUCGACCGCAACGCGAGCGUACAAAGCAACGCUCCAAUAGUCUGGACAAUGUACUGAAUGAAGAUGAAGAGUCAGCGAGUGUGGGUGGCGGCGAGAGUGAUAGCGUGAAUAGUAUGCCAUGUUGCCCGCGUCUUGGCAUAAGUCCGCUCGCUGAUGUUGGUGGUGGUGAUUUGCGUUUUAUUGAUGAUAGUUCAACGUCACAAAGUGAAACGGAGCGCACGGCAUACAACAACAAGGAAAAUAAACUAAGUUGCAAUGCAACAAAAGCCAUUGUGAAAGGUCUACAAUUGAAUCUAAGUGGCAAUGGUGACGGUGACAACGGUUAUGACAACAACAAUUAUCUCUGUGAUGACUGCCGGAAUGUCUUGGUGCGAAACCGUAACAAUGCGGCGCAAAAUGCUGUGAUACUACGCAAUAAUAACAAGCAAAUCAAAGAUGAACUUGGUGAGGUGGUAUCGGAAAUGGAGGCGCUGGACGUGCCCGAAGAUAGUAAACAUUCCAAUAAAGAGAAACAAAUGUCCAUUGGGCGGAAAAAGUUCAAUAUGGAUCCAAAGAAAGGUAUUGAAUAUUUAGUAGAAAAUCGUCUGCUUCGACACGACGCACAAGAUGUUGCGCAUUUCCUGUAUAAAGGAGAAGGCCUCAACAAAACUGCAAUUGGUGACUACUUAGGCGAAAAGAACGACUUCAAUGAGGAUGUACUCAAGGCAUUUGUGGCGUUACACGAUUUUACGAAUCUAAUAUUGGUGCAAGCUUUAAGACAAUUCCUCUGGUCAUUUCGGCUUCCGGGAGAGGCGCAGAAAAUUGAUCGUAUGAUGGAAUGUUUCGCACAGCGCUACUGCCAACUCAAUCCGGAUAUAUUUACUAACACCGAUACGUGUUAUGUGCUAAGUUUCGCCAUAAUUAUGCUCAAUACAUCACUGCACAAUCCAUCGGUGAAAGACAAGCCCACCGUUGAGCAGUUCAUUUCGAUGAAUCGUGGCAUUAACAACGGCGGUGAUCUACCCCGCGGCCUACUAGAAUCCCUCUACGAAUCAAUACGAACAGAACCGUUUAAAAUACCACAAGAUGAUGGUAAUGAUUUAAUGCAUACAUUCUUCAAUCCAGACAAAGAGGGCUGGUUAUGGAAGCAGGGUGGACGUUAUAAAUCCUGGAAACGACGCUGGUUCAUAUUGAACGAUAAUUGUCUGUACUACUUCGAGUACACCACGGAUAAAGAGCCCAGAGGGAUUAUACCGCUGGAAAAUAUAUGUGUACGUGAGAUACACGAUCGCAGCAAACCUCAUUGUUUUGAAUUGUUUGCUACCGGUGGCGCUGAUAUUAUCAAAGCAUGUAAGACUGACUCCGAAGGAAAGGUUGUGGAAGGUAAACAUACUGUUUACCGUAUGUCUGCGGCAACCGAAGAGGAUCAACAAGAAUGGAUUAAACGCCUGACACAGUCCAUUAGUCACAAUCCAUUCUACGAUAUAUUGGUACAAAGAAAAAAGAAGGCACUUAGCAAAAGUUAGUAUUGUGUGGCGGGCAUAGCAAUGUUGACAAUCCAAAUGAUGGAUCUCAGUGAGCCUCGCCACCGCAAAAGCGAGGAGAAGAAACAGUGUUUAUCCUGCCGCCGAUACCGCCACCGUCAACGUCGCCAAAGUCGUCAACGUAAUCGUCGCUAUUAUGGCCGUUACCACUGCCGCUGCCGUCGUAUCUGUUGCAUGCGCCGCAGAGUUGCUACACUCUAUGGCAAAUGAGAGCGCGUAACUGUUAGCCAGCAUCCUUUGAGGAGAAAGAGAGGGGAGGAGCAAACAAAAGACUGUUGUUAAUAGGUAGAAGGCCUCACAUCAGCAUGAAGUUGCAAGUGCUGUGCUGAUUUAGUAAUGACGUAGCGAUGGAGGGCGGUUAUUUGGGGUCCUGCUCAGCGCCGAAAUGCCGGAUGGUUUGCAUGCAGACUACAGUAGUGGAUAGACGAACAGAAAAGUGAAUUGUAAAGGAAUGGCUGUUGUGACGCGUGUUUCUAACUUCUAAAAAAAUACUUACUCAUAUACAAAUGUAUGACUCACGAGAAAUCAGCUGUAGUGUAAUAACGAAAAUAAGCGUAACUUAUGAAUGUUUGUUUGGUAAUUUAGAGAGCUUGUCGAUCAUUUAUGUAUGCGUUUUUUAUGUCCUGUGUAUGAUGAUUAUUAUGGUAACUUCUUGAUCGCACGCGCGCACAAAACGCAGUUGUCUUUAUUGUUGUGAUAUAAUUUAUAACUUAUGCUUAAAUUUUGUAUUGUAUUAAACCAUCGUUUAUUAUUUUGUUACUGUAAUGGAUUAUGAGUGAAAAAUUCUAAUGCUAGAAGAAAUUAAUGUUAAUGUAAAACUAUGUAAAAAUCCACAUACAGCUUGAAAAUGCUAUACUGCAACAUAUCGUGCGAAAGCUGGACUUAUGUAUGUCUAAUUAAUCUUAUUCAAUUGCAUGUAAUGAGAAGAAUUAUAAUUAUAAUUAUAAAAACAAAAAAAUGCCUGCUUAGUUUUUCCAUAUACACAUGUAAGCAUGUUUUGUAAAAACUAAUUAAAAAAAAUUAUUAUAACAAAAACAAGAAAAAAACGAAAUGCUCAGCAAUAAAUCUAGUUAGACGCACGCACGCAUGUGUCUGUAUAUUUAAAUAAUAAAAAAGAAAAACAACAAAAAAAACAUUUCCUUAAAAGUGCUCGAAUAGUCUACCCUAUACUUAGAAACAUAUGUAAUUAAGAUUUUGAAAAAAGAGAUUAACUCAAAACACGCAAAUCAGUCAAAGAAAGUUCUUCCAAACAUUGAUAUUAGAGCGAGAAAAAAGGCUAAGCAUUAUGUAUGCAGAUCUGUGCACUCUGCCAUGAUAAGCUAAAAAAGAAAAUGCUAUACGAAAUUGUAAAGGAAAACGAAAUGCAGUUCAACGUUUUCUUAUAAAUUCUUUACAUGGGUGAAAAUUUUACAAAAUUAAUAUUGUGUCGAAGUGAUUGAGAAUGGUCACCGAAGAACUCAGUCUCUUGUAUUUUCAAGAUUUUUUUUUACGAAAUCCAUCAGCAUUUUACAUCCUAUUUUUUUUUUGCUACAAAUUGCAAAUUUAAUUUAAUGUUUCCAAAUCCUUUUUUUCAAUAGUUUUUUACGCGCUAAUCUCUUACAGAAUUUACUGAUAAUUGUCCUAAGUGAAACAACAAACUAUUAGGGGGUAUUCCUUAAACACAAGUUUAAGAAUUCUAAACUUGAAUGCAUGUAAAUAUAAAUGUUGGCUUUUUGCGGUUGAAGAGAAUUCUUUUAUAUAUUUCAGAAAAAUUACAAAAGAUGUUGAAGAAAUGUAGUUCUCUAAGAGAUAGUUCAGAGCUCGAAUCAGGAAAACAGUUGUAAUUUUAUUUAAUUCUAUUAGAACAGAGUAAUCCUUCGAUCAAAGAUGCUACGAUUCGGCCCCAGGGUAGAUAUUCACCGUCAUUGCUUGUCGUGACAACAAAUUAUUCUAUAAAUUAAGGGUAUAUUCAGUAAUGGCACGAUACCAAAAACCUUGCUUUCAGUUUACGCCCAUAAGUUGUGAGUCGCAGGAUCUUUUUACCGUAUGACUGUCAUCCAUGCACACUCAAGCCCGCGUACUCGGUAUCUUUAUGCUCUUAACUAUGUAACUUAUGUAAAAAGCGCGUGCAGUUGGUUAUAGCCUCUUCUUUUAAACCCGCCGCCCACCCGAAAUGGUUUCUACAUCUUGCAUAGAAUAGUUCUUUCGAUAACCUCCAAAGUCUUCUCGGCUAUCUGUUACUAAGAUAUUCCAAAAUGUACUAAAAUCCAUCAAAUCAAGAUGCUAAAUUUUAUCAGAAAUUCCUCGAUACGCUAAUUUUAUUGAAGUUGUAUGAAAGGAUUUUUGUAAAAAUACUCUACUUUUUCUCGAAAUAAGUUGAGCUGAAUUGUAGUAGAAAGUUACACAACAGGAAUACAUCAACCUUUUAGCGCCUUUUCCGAUACAGAUUUGUAAACCUUUUCCUGGUGAUGUUUUUUUUUUGCCGCUGUGACUUACUUAUUCUCACUUAUUUCUGCUAAAAGUUUCCAAAACCUUUUUGAGGAAUCAGCUGUAGUAACAGUCGUUGGCGAGAAAUAGAUCUGUGUCGUUCCGAUUACGCAGGCUCGACUGUUGUAGCAACGCCCUACAAGUCAUUUCCCUUAUUAUCUGAAGUGGUAGGCCCAGAAAGUGCGAAAGGAAGAACAAAAUAACACUUUUAACUCCUCUUAUCAUAAAUUCAUUAUUCAGUUCAAAUUCUUCUGUAUCAAUUUAUUCAGCUUUUCACUCUAAACACAGUUUACUUCGACUUUUUCUAUCCAGAGCGUAUACUCUUUCUCAGCAAUUAGUAUUCACUACAUAUUAAUUUUAAGCAAAAUGUUAUUGAUUUUCUGCCGGUGAUGGGUAUUUGUGUACACAGCUACCACAGAACUCUGUGCGAAUCCGCAUUCUAAGUAAGUGCCGUUUUCUCAAGUAGCUUUUAAAAUUUAUCUGCCCUUCCUUUUUUCAGAACAAAAUUUGUGUUUAAAAUAUUAUUAUUAUUAUUAUUAUUAUUUUUUUAAUUUGGCAUUCAUCUGUUUAAUGAAGAAAUUACUUAUAUACCAAUCGAAAGCUUAAAGCCUAUAGAUGUGUUAAACAGAUGAGUGAAAAUUACUAGUAAUACCUACCUAUUCAUACAUGCCAACCAGAUAGGUAGGCCAAGAAAAAAUAGACAACCCAACGUUUUCGCAUUCUAUAGGCUUAAUACUUUCGAUUUGUAUAUAAUUUGUUAAUUAAACAAAUGAGUACAAAAUUAAAAAUAAUAAUUUUUGAAUAGAUUUAUUAAAAAUGUCCUAGCCAGGUUUUUUUUUAAGCCAACCCACUUGCGAAAUAUUUAUUAACACGCUAAAUUUCACAUAAAGCAGAUUUCGUCCAUUAAACCGCCCUUGUCGGAUCUUAGACUAUAGGGUUUUUAGUUUUUGUAUCGAUAAAUGGCUCCAUACUGGUUAUAUGUAGUUCACUGUGCAUCCCUAAUCCUACCCAGACUUGGUCAUUCAGUUCUGAGACUUUGUUAUCGUAAAACGCAUCGAGCAUUUUAUUACCUCUUUCUUUCGAAAACAAGAUCUAAAAGUCGUUUUCUGUACAGCUUUAAAAAGAGGUUAUAAACGCUUUCCACAUAAAUAUCGCCAAAAAACGCAUGUAGCAAACUUAGCAAAAAUUUCGCAUACACAACGAAUUAAUGUAUAAAACUGUUAUACAUACAUAUAGUAUAUAUGUUCUAAUAUUGCAAAUUCGCCACUAUUAAUUUAGCUAAACAAAACCGAAGCUCAAAUUUUGUCUCAACGUGUUUUGAAUUUUCUUAAUCUACCUGUUUGUAAC